AUGACAGUCGAAUACGAAACCAAACAAUUAACUCCAGCCCAAAUCAAAAUCAUUUUGGAUACCGUUCCAAUUUUAGAAGAAGCCGGUGAAACAUUGACUCAAAAAUUCUAUCAACGUAUGAUUGGAAAUUAUGAUGAAGUUAAACCAUUUUUCAACACCACUGAUCAAAAAUUAUUGAGACAACCAAAAAUUUUAGCAUUUGCUUUAUUGAAUUAUGCUAAAAACAUUGAAGAUUUGACUCCAUUGACCGAUUUUGUUAAACAAAUUGUUGUUAAACACAUUGGUUUACAAGUGUUACCAGAACAUUAUCCAAUUGUUGGUACUUGUCUUAUUCAAACCAUGGUUGAAUUAUUACCUCCAGAAAUUGCUAACAAAGACUUUUUGGAAGCUUGGACUAUUGCUUACGGGAACUUGGCUAAAUUAUUGAUCGAUUUAGAAGCCGCAGAAUAUGCCAAACAACCAUGGCGUUGGUUUAAAGAUUUCAAAGUGACAAGAAUUGUUCAAGAAUGUAAAGAUGUCAAAUCCGUUUAUUUCACUCCAGUUGAUAAAGAUCUUUUACCAUUACCAAAACCUGAACGUGGUCAAUACUUGUGUUUCAGAUGGAAAUUACCUGGUGAAGAAUUUGAGAUUUCUCGUGAAUAUUCAGUGUCAGAAUUCCCUAAAGAAAAUGAAUAUAGAAUUUCUGUUAGACAUGUCCCAGGUGGUAAGAUCUCAGGUUAUAUUCAUAACAAUUUGAAAGUUGGCGAUAUUUUGAAAGUUGCUCCUCCUGCUGGUAAUUUUGUCUAUGACCCAGCUACAGACAAGGAAUUGAUUUUCGUUGCUGGUGGUAUUGGUAUUACCCCAUUGUUAUCAAUGAUUGAACGUGCUUUAGAAGAAGGAAAAAAUGUCAAACUUUUGUACUCAAACAGAUCUGCUGAAACUAGAGCUUUCGGCAACCUUUUCAAAGAAUACAAGAGCAAAUUUGGUGACAAAUUCCAAGCCAUUGAAUACUUUUCUGAAGACAAUAACACCGAUGACAAGAUUGUUAUUGAUAAAGCAUUUAACCGUAAAUUGACUACUGAUGAUUUAGAUUUUAUUGCUCCAGAACAUGAUGUGUACCUUGUUGGUCCAAGAGAGUUUAUGAAAGAUAUCAAAGAACAUUUGGGUAAAAAGAAUGUUCCUGUCAAGCUUGAAUAUUUUGGUCCUUACGAUCCUUAA